AUGGCAUUCAACCCGGGCAGUCAACUUCCAGGUACGGACGAUCGUGAGGUAGGCACCUCCGAUCUGAAUGAUCAAGAGUACCCUUGGUCUUCACUCCCGGGAAGUCGCCAAGAGCCAGAAGAGCUCGUAGAACGAGAGGAAUCUGAGAACAGGGACCGACUGGAGGCUUCAGAGGGACUCAUAGCUGGAGACCCUUUUACCCGGUUGAGCGCCAGUCAGUGGGCAUGGCCCUCACCAGAGCCAUCUCAAAUCAUACUCCCUCCUCUUCGCUCAAUAAUCUUGAACACAGGCGAUGCUGAGUUCUGGGGUACGAAUACUCAAGCUUCGCCUCUCCCUCCCAUCACGUCUCAGCCAGCGCUCUCUUUCUAUCCUCUCACCUUACCUGGAUCAGGAUAUCUUAGACCCGAGCAUAUUCCUGCAGUGCAGGGAUCGAGCGAGCCCCAGACUCGACAGAUGGCGGUCACGAAGAGUCACACGCCACAGAAUCAACCAGAAAGUACCGACUUUACGCCGGUAUGCGAGUUUUCUAGUCAAUGCAACGUAGGCCCUAGUCCAGACGGAUUUCACCUGCGUAAGGUGGUUUCGCAUCUUUUUGGCCGAAACAAAACCUCGACACGAAUGUUUCCUGAGUCAGCUUGGGUCUUCUAUUGCAGGAAGCAUUAUCAAAGAGCCCAGUACCGCGUGGACUCAUGGCCGUUCACACAGUGUGACCUCUUGCUAGAAACCCUGGGCCGGAUGCAAGUAUGGGGUCAUGUGAAAAGCUUCGAGCUUCGUCUUCGUCGUCGGGAGGCCAUGCGAGCGAACGGUAAAGAGGACGAAAUGGCUCCUACUCGGGUUUUGGCAAGUGGAAGGCGCCGACCAAUCGCCUUGAUCGCACCAGUCCCAGAGUGGCUACAGCGGGAGGUAGGGAUUAACAAGACAUUUGACGAUAUCCGUCAUCUCGUUGGCCAGAUUCGUGAAUAUCUCUCCAACUUUCGGGAAUAUGAGACUCGGUUGAAGCAGGCACAGGGGGUUUCGGAUGCUCGCCUGUCAGCUUCACCAUAUCACGAGCGGCGGACGACUGCGGUACGAUUCCCGGAUAUUGAGAUCCUCCCGACCUUUUAUCCCAGCGCUAUUGAACAUCCACAGCGACGGUCAUCACAGGAACACGGCCAUGGUGGAUCAUUCACGACCUGUAACGAGCGCCCUGCAAUUGUGGAUGGCGAUUCUGCUCCGGCAGCUCAGCCUCACAGACAACGGAAUUCUCGGGCAGGAGGGGAACCUCGUGUGUCUACUCGAGGUGCCAUCAAGAAACCGAGAGAUCAAGGUGCCGAUGGACGGACUUGA